AGGUUGCAGGGAUGUAUACCACCCCAGCCCCACCAGAUGUCACAAGAAGGAGCUGGGGGCCCAGCACUUUGCAGGGGACUCUUGGCAGCCUGGAAGGAGAGAAAGGCCAGAGCAGCAGCAUUUUCCCUGGCUUUGUGGCACUCCUGGCCAUCUUCCUGGUCAUCAUGGCUGCCUGCAUCCUGUGGAAGUGGAACAAAUGGAAGAAGCGUGAAGUGCCUUACUUCCAAGUAGCUCCAUCACUGACUCUGCCUCCACCCAGGCAGCGAGCCAAAAAUAUUUAUGACUUCUUGCCCCAGCAGCAGGUAGAGCUGGGGAGACAUCAGUCGAAUGGUUUCAGUACUGAGAGCCUCCUCUCCAGAGAUUCUGAUGGUCCUGAGCAUGAGGCCUCCCAAGCGGAUGGUUCCCUUCAGAUAUACAUAGCUUCCAUAAAUGCUGUGGAGUACACUGUCGGCAUCUAUGACAAUGGCACAGUGCCCCAGAUGUGUGGGCACCUUGCCCCCUCAGCGCAUCACGCCAGUCAGGUCAGAACCUCCAGAAAUAACUCCAGCAUCUCUUCCAGGGAGUCCAGUGAUUACGUCAAUCUCCACACAGCAGAAGAGGCCAGUGAGACUCUAACUUCUACCAAAAGCACUCCUGAAAAUCACCUUGGUCUUCACGCCCAGAAGCUGGAGUUCGCUGAAGGAGGCCAUGCAGGCUGUGGGGUUGCUACCACUGACCACACUGGUCUGUGGGCUCUGGGAAGUAAGAGCAGCGAUUUACUCAGUGAUGGAGAAGGUUCAUCUCAGACUUCAAAUGACUAUGUCAAUAUGACCGAUUUGGAUCUCGAGGACAUCCAAGAGAAUCAGCCUGGGGUGGCUUUUCAGUGCUGCCGAGAUUAUGAAAAUGUCCCAUCAUCAGAUGCCAAUGGAAGCCAGCUACAGACUCGGGAAGAAGUGACAUCUAAUACAGACCAUGGGGAGCCUGUCUGGAGGGCCCCGUCUUCUGUGAAUUAUAUGGCAUUUCAGCCAUCUACACGGAGUGAGACCGGUGAGGUGGUGUGCACAGAGCACCAGUCAAGGGAAGACUCGCAUGACUAUGAGAACGUGCUACCUGCCGAGUUAGGAGGCAGGGACUGUGAACAGGGGCCUGAGGCUUGGCAUCCUUCCGAUGAGGGAACACCAAGCCAUGUAACUGAAAAGCUUUAUGAGGUGGCCUAUCCUGUGGGGUCUUUAGUCACUGAAAUCUCUAGCGAAGAUGCCUAA